ACAUUCGUACCGGGGCAUCGCACGGUCGCGCCAUGUGCUUGCGUCCACAUUUAGAAACAUAGAAACUUUGUUGUAAUUUCGUUAGUGACAAAGGAUUGUAAAUUGUUAUAAAAGCUACGUGUGUGGAUAUUGAAUGAAAUUAUCUACCAAAAUGGACAUCAAAGAAGAACUCAACAAGAAGAAUCAAGACGAUAGUGAUGCUUUGGAAAAUGUUCUCACGUACGUCGGCGAGUUCGGCCGCUACCAGAAACUGUUGUUCCUGGGCAUGAUGCCAUUUGGCAUUUUCUUUGCCUUCGUCUACUUCGUGCAGAUGUUUAUAACUGCUACUCCGCAGCGGCACUGGUGCAAAGUGCCGGAAAUUGAGCAUUUGGAUGUUGAAAUCAGACGUAAUCUUACGGCGCCAGGGACGGGGGACGACUGGGAGCGCUGCCUGAUGUACAACGUGAACUGGACCCAUGUGCUGAUCAACAACAGCGUCUCACCAAACACGCCCACCAUGCCCUGCAAGGAUGGCUGGGAGUUUGAGUUCAAGGAUAUCCCCUAUCCGACGAUAGUUAGUGAGCGCGGGUGGGUUUGUGAAAAUGCAGGCAAUAUACCCAUCGCACAGGCAAUCUUCUUCGCGGGCUCCUUCGUUGGUGGGAUAUUUUUUGGCUGGGCGGCGGACUACUUUGGCCGAGUCCCGGCUUUGAUUGGUGCCAACGCAAUGGCUUUCAUCGGCGGCAUAGCGAGUAUCUACACGACGGGUCUAUGGGAUUUUGCUUUUGCAAGAUUUAUCGUGGGAACUUCGUACGACAGCUGUUUCAUGACCAUGUACAUUUUAGUUCUCGAGUACGUGGGUCCGCGGUACCGCACGUGGGUCGCGAACAUGUCCAUAGCGCUGUACUUCGGCUGCGGCUGCCUGGUGCUGCCGUGGGUGGCGCUGUGGGUGGGCGACUGGAAGAAACUACUCUGGGUCACCACCUUGCCCAUGCUGGUGGUUGCCUUCGUGCCCUUCACUGUGCCGGAAAGCGCUAGGUGGCUCGCGUCUCGUGGACGAAUCAAUGAUGCCGUAAAAGUUCUGAAUAGAUUCGAAAAAGUCAACGGAACAAAAAUACCAGAGGACGUCAUGGAUGAGUUUAUCGUCUCCGCAGGUCAAACGCGGCAAACAAACGAGUCAAUCUGGGACCUGUUCCGCAGCGGUCCUCUGAGGAAGGUGAUGAUUCUCAUGAUAAUCGUGUACAUGGCGUGUGCACUCAUUUUCGAUGGCCUGGUGCGCAUGUCGGAGGGUCUCGGGCUGGACUUCUUCAUCACCUUCACUCUCACCUCCGCAACUGAGAUACCUUCCGUCACUUUGCUAGCCUGUAUCCUCGACAAGUGGGGUCGACGGAUCCUUACGUGUGGCCCGAUGGCGGUGUCUGGAAUACUUAUUUUAGUUGCUGCAUUUGUUCCUAAAGGUGUCCCGCAAGUGGCGCUCGCGAUCAUGGCGCGGUUCUUCAUCAACAUGGCGUACAACGCGGCGAUACAGUGGUCGGCGGAGCUGCUGCCGACGCCAGUGCGCGCGUCCGGCACCUCGCUCAUACACGUCAGCGGCUACAUCGCCACACUUGUGUCGCCCUUUGUCGUCUACUCGGAACGUGUAUGGCGGUCACUACCGCUACUCAUUUUGGGUAUAACUGCUAUCUUCGCGUGUACUAUAGGAGUUAUGUUGCCGGAGACAAACGGCCGGCCGAUGCCGCAGACUAUAGAGGAGGGAGAGAAAACUGUUAACAAAUACUCUUUGUGCGGAAAAGUGGAAGACAUAGACGAGAACCAAGAGGAAAAUGAAAAGGAAAAAGCGCUGAUUACUUAGCGUCAUCAGAUUUGUUGAAAGGUUCAAGAUUAUUAGGUCGCCGUAGUAUGGCAAUGCUUCAUAUCAAUAGAACUUGAAACAGCAGCGCGCACAGAUUAUAUACCUUUAUGGUAUUAUUACAGUUUAAUGUUAAAAUACAUUACAUAUUUUUACACUU